UGAGACCUACAUGCGCGUGCAUGAUAUACUGAUGGCUCCUACACUUCUGAAAGACAUUCCGAUGCUGUCAUCUACAAAUCAGACAUUUGGCCUGGAAGCAUUUCAUAGCGUUCUCCUUCAUUUUCUGCCAAAAACACAUGGCUUCUCAGAUGCUGGAAUGCGUGCGAGAACACAACUAGCAAUCUUGCAUUAUAACGAAAAUGCGGACCGCGUCCAGCUGGUGGAAGAUGGUGCAAAGCAGUACCGCCUGAAACCAUCCAAGGUGAAGAAGACGUGGCUUGCCGUCCCACUGAAAGAAAAUGCCACACACAACUACACAGUGACACUAACUAAUGCAGUUUUGAGCCGCAUGCAACAGUACCCAACCUUUGAAUCGGCAAAACAGGCACUAGUGUUCCAGGCUCAGCUGGCCCACUCAACAACGUAUGGUGAGAAGCCCACCUUUGCCGAUGCUGUUAAGCAACACAGAGCCAGGUUCAACAUUUGAGGGACCCCGCGGUGACUCUGAAGCCGGCCCCAGUCUUCUUUGAAAGUCCUCAUUUGUCACCUCUCUUCAAAGAAGACAAGAAAAAAACGGCCUUUAUCAGGGCCACCCAAAUGUCUUCAACAGAGCCCAGUGCUGCGUUAUAAACCCUUGCUAAUGAGAAAUGCAGUUGCUGUGCUCAACUGUGUGUGGAUUACCAACAUUCCCACUGUCCUUAUAAAGUGGCAGCUGGGAUUUUAUGUCCCAACAUGUGUAGCUAAGAGGCCACCCAGUGAUAAUUUGUAUCGCUGCACCGUGCCCUCCGUUGACAUUUUCCACCAAAAUGUGCAUUACCAGUCACAGUGACACCAAUACUCACUACGUCACUGACCAGCAUGGCAAAUGAGGCACGGUCUUUGCUACAGGCAUGUGGGAUGGCCCUGAAAAGGGCCUUUUUUUCCUUAGACGAGGGGUUGACAACCUUCCAAUGCUUCCUGGGGUGGAUACCGAUAACAGCAUCUUUCAG